AUUGACACGGUCCUUUGAAGUGGGGAGAGGAAACGUCGCAAAGAGGAUCGAAGAAGAUUGUACACAAAUACAAAUACAUACAUCGAGCUCCUUGUUCAAAGCUGCUUUUCAAGGGCUAGAGACUGGCUGUGUCUGUCCCCGUCAUCAUCAUCAUCAUGACUUUAACAGAGAAUUGCUCGGCCUUCCUGCCGAAAAAGACGUGCCUGGGGUAUCGCAUUUCUGAUCAUCAAGGCCACUUCACUUUACCCCUGGAUCGGGAUUUCUCGCGGAGUGCUUUCAUCCAGAGCCUGGCCCCGGGUGGCUUCACGGUGGUGGGCGUGGUGGGCAAAGGCGGGGAGCGACCCGGGAAGGGCAUACGAAUUUUCGACACGCUCACGCAACGCGCCAUUUUUCGACUCUCCCACCACAGACACACCCAACCUGACGCGCCUUCUUCCGCUUGUAUUCGCGGCUUCGUGGAUCGACGCUGCCAACGCGUUUACUUAGAUUUGGAGGGUAUUCAAGACAUGAAGGCCCUUGUGGCCGCAGCCCAACACGCCGAAGACGUUCUUCAAACCCAAGGCUUUCACGCAUUUCUGUCUGAGAGAUCGCUCGAGGGAUCUAAGCUUAUGUUACUUAUGUUCCAAAUCUGCCACUUGAUCAUCCUUUAUCAUCCGAAUCACACCAUCGAUCUCAGCUACGUUCAGCUAUUCCAAUCCAUCGAAUCCGUCAGAACCAAGUUACAGUCCAGCUUUUCGGAUGCACUCAAAUCGAUCCCUAAUUUGAACAAAAAUUGGUAUGUGUACGGGCGGCAAAGCCCUCCUCGAAUUCUCUUCUUCUUUGGAACCGCCCCCGUUGAUUUGAGGGGAUCCCGUGGGACUGCCGGAAUUUUGAAGAAGGAUGGAACGAUUUCCAAGCACCCACCUAUCAGAAAACUCGAGUUUUCCUUGGAAGAUCAAAUCUACCGAAUCUUUCGAAAAGCCCGAUUAAUCACAAAUAGUUCAAAUAACUUGUUCAAUGUUCCGGGUCGAGAUGGAUUUGUAUACGUGGAUAAUGGAACGGACGCGAGCUUUGGGGAUGAGUCUUUGGACUCGAUCAAUGCCUUGCAAAAUUUGCUGGAUCAACCUCUCGAAAUUCCGGAGGUGCGCGGACCCUUCAAGCCGUAUUUCUACGAGGAAAAAGUCCAGGAAUCCCGAUCUUCACGUUGUUUCUCGCAAUUCCUCGACAAUCAUCUUCAAUCCAUUCCCACUAAAGGAACGGAUGCUGAAGGCAAUCUGGGCGGCUUGGAGCUACCCUCGAUUCAUGUGUGGUUGGCCACAGUGGAGGCCUCGCUCCAGAUGUUCCAGCCGGAUUCGGGGUUCCAAAUCCGAGGUAAAUCCUCUGAGAUUUCCGAGCGAGCUUCCUUGGCGCUUUUGAGUUACAACGAUCGGGAUAUCCGAUUCUCGGAACAACGUUGCUCCAAAGCUCAUCCAUUGGCAUUCAAUGCAUAUAAAGAGGGAUUGCCACAGUAUUUCACCCAAGAUUUUCACAACGCUAAACUGAUGCAAGCCAUGUCCAUUUUCUCGGUUCAAGCUCGAGGUCCUUCGACUAGCAAAUACGCGGAAAAGCUAGCUGAAGAUUGUCGCGCAUUUUGGGAAAACGGCCGACAAAUGUGCGAAGAGUACAGUUUAACUGGCAACCCUUGCAAACAACGAUUACAUUACAUCCAUGGACAGGAACCCUCAGAGCCUCCAAUGGAAACAUCCGAUGAGCAAAAAGCAAAAGUAGACGACGACUCCGGAUGGAAGCGACGGCGAAGUACCAACAAAAAGACUCUGCCUACCAUCCACCAUGAGUCCGGGCUGACCUUUGUAUCGGCGUGCAAUUGCGGUAAACGUCAAAGCAACCGAUCGGAUCCUUUCGAGUUGAUUGAGGCCAACUGGAGAUUCUUCUCCGAAUGUGAGAUCGAAUGCUGUCAAGCCUUGGUUCAUUUGGACUUUCCCGUCUGCGAAGCCAAGGCAAAUGCUAUCAGGACAAGUGCUGCUUUAUCAUCCUCGGCCUUGCUAGACUUGGCCUCCGAUCCAAAUGCUGUGAAGACCUUGGAGAACUUGGAGAUCAAAGACAGUGAUGAAACCUCAACAACUAAAGGCAAACCAGACUUGCCGUCUACCUCGGUUCCACCGUUCCAAUCUUUGGCUGAUCUGGCUCAAACCAACCAAGGAAAUCGGCCUGGUGUCAAUUUUGCCGAUCCAAUUUCAUUUAUGCUUACCAAGACCACGCCCACCGAUCGAUUACCGUUGUUCCCUUCUUGGUCUUUGAUUCAAUUGGGAUCUUCGCAUUUGUACUCGCAUUCCUCUGGUAUGAACCAACCUGGAUUCCUUCAAGGGUCCAAAUCAUUACUCCCGUGGGAUGUCCCUCUCAAGAAGCUGGAAUGGAAAACCGUGAAAGAACAAUGGCCAAAUUUGGCCGAGAACGCCAUGAAAAAACUCAAUUUCAAUCCAAAUGCCAUUGGAACCGCUAUGGGCAUGACCGUGAAAGUUUUUCUGGGUUUUGAAUAUGAAUGUCCACGCGGGCAUCGCUUCAUGGCCUCGGCUCCUGGACAAGCUCUAAAAUCCAACCCUAGCGGUUUAAGGGAAGCCGCUGGGAAGGUAUUGGCCUCCGACAUGCCUUUAUUCAUGACUUGUCCUGGACGCAUCGGGGUGUGUCUCCCAGCCCAAUUAAUGAGGAUUCAUGUGGUCACACCCAAAGCUCCCAUUCAUGUAACACUAAUGCCAGAAGUUCAGCCCGCUGAAGAUGGUCCCGUUUUUCAUUGUGGUUGGAAGGAGCCGAAGAAGUUGCCCCAUAACAGUUGUUGGGUGUUACGAUUGCCGUUCAUAUAUUGCGGUGAAAAUGGAGCUCAUUUGCCGCCUCAAAAAGAGGUCACGCCUCAAAAUGCGGGUCGAAUCCUCAAAGGAGUGAUAAAUGUUUCAGAGGACUUUGAAGAUUUUAAUCGAGGCAAGUGAUUGUGGAACGUGCUGUGAGCAGAUCCCUGCUUGCUUGCUUUCUUGCUUGCUUGUUGGCAACGAAGGGGCAUGCGGAAUAAAGUGAAGUACCACUUGGAACAAGAGGCUUUCUGUGAUGGAGCAUGUGGUUCCCAGAAGAAAGGAAAAGGCCCGUUUUUAAUUAACUCCGGGGAAUCCACUAGAAGAUUCCACGGUAAUUACAGUAGUACCCGUCUUCUGGAGUAGAACGACACCGAGUUGUACCCAACGAUUUCCAAUGUACUUACCUUCCCAAUUGAUUCGAUCUGGAAACAUGACUUGAAUAGAAUAAAGCAGCAUUUCCGAGA